AUGGGAGUAACCGGUUCUAAAGAAAACGUGACUAAAAAGCCUGUUGUGGUCGUCGUUGGGGGUGGGUAUGGUGGUGUUAAAUGUGCUCAAUCGCUCGACAAAAGUGGUCAAUUUUUUGUGGUACUUAUCGAUCGUAAAUCGUAUUUCCUACACAAUAUCGCUACAUUACGUGCAUGUGUAGAGAAAAAUUAUGCAAAUCAGAUUAUGAUCCCAUACGAUCGGGUACUCACUAAUGGUUGUGUUGUACACGCGGAAGUCGUAUCCAUUUCUUCGAAUGGUGUCUUUGUUCACGGAUACGAUCAACCCAUUCAUUUUAAUUAUUUGGUCAUUGCUACUGGAUCUUCCUAUGCAUUUCCCGGCAAAGUAGCUGAUCCUCAACGUAAUCAAGCACUUUCACGGUACAGUACCAUGCGAGAAGAGAUCUACAAAGCACAGCAAAUCCUUGUUAUCGGUGGUGGUCCUGUUGGAAUCGAACUUUGUGGUGAAAUAGCGACGGAUUUUCCAAACAAAGAGAUUACUCUCGUACACGGUGGUUCCACCUUGCUUCAACCGAACGUAUUCCGAGAAGAAAUGUAUACUAAUCUUCAAAGACAACUUCAACAUAUGGGGGUUAAAAUCCUGCUGAAUGAUCGGAUCAAAGUAGCAAGUACCGAUAAUGCAAAACCACCGGUAAAUUAUAUCCGUGGUAAGCAAACGUAUGUUACUGAAAACAACAAACAAUCAGUAACAGCUGAUCUAACCUUUAUUUGUACUGGAGCACGAGUGAACAACAAGAGUUUGAUGAUGAGUGACUUGGCAGACAAAGUUGAUACUCAAAGUGGUCGACUCAAAGUCAAUGGUUAUUUGCAAGUCGAAGGACACACAAAUAUUUUCGCCAUUGGUGACAUAAGUAACAAGGAAUCGAAAAUGGGUUACUAUGCCGGCAAUCAAGGGGAAUAUGUCGCAUCUUUGAUUCCUAUCAUUGAAAGAAACAAGCCCUAUCCUAAAGAAUAUCAACCUGGGCAAUAUCCAGCCAUGUUUGUUACACUUGGACGAAAAGGUGGAGUGGGUCAAAUGCCAACUAAAAAUGGUUUUAUUGUUGGAAAUACACUGGUGAAAUUGCUGAAAUCAAAAGAUAUGGGGACUUCACGCACACAGUCGAUGAUGAAUUACAAAGCGCACUCUCUAGAUGAAUCUCUAUCGGACCAUCCAUCGGCUUAUUCGCAUAAACUUCUUUCGCUCAAAGAAUGUAUGGAACUGACAGAAAAGGAUGCGGAAGAAUUGCUUGCCGGUCUUCCGGAAAAACAAAUUGAACUCGGUCAAGAUUUUGUUUAG